UGGGAAUGUUUAGUGCAAUAAAAUCAUGUUUCCCGCCAUUUUUGUCCCUUUCCCUUCAGCGCCGUUUCUCCCCUUUCCUUUCUACUCUCCAAUUGCCGCCUGAGAUUUCUCAUCUCGCAGUGCCAUCGAGGCUUGCAAGGGAAUUGAACAAAUUGUAGCUGGUGGUAAAGCAAUUGUUUACAUUUCUGAAGAACCUUUCAAUGGCAGAAACCCCAAAGAAGAAAGCCAAACAAUCCCUUAAUACAACCCCCAUUAAGCAACAAAAACCAUUGCCCAUUUCCAAUUCAUCUCCUUUGAACCCUAUUAUCCCUCCAACCCCACAAACCCUAAACCCCACCCCCGCCCGCCGCUCCCUCCGCCUUAGGUCCACCCCUCGGACCCCACUACCACCACCACCAUCACCUCCGUCUUCUGCGGGCCUCCGCAAAUCUCUCAACUUCACUCCCAAAAAUGUCGCCAGUUCAGCGAAAAGAAAAUCAAAGGCCAGUAUUUCAACCUCCAUUUCGACACCGCAACCCACUGAAUCAAAAAGGAAAAGAAAAUGUACAGAGAACAAAAAUGUGGGUGUUGAAAAAAGAAGCAUUUUAAGGGGUUGUAAGAAGAGGGUGUACUAUAAAAAGGUAGUUUAUGAUGGGGGAGAGUUUUCUGUAGGGGAUGAUGUAUAUGUGAAGAGAAGAGAAGAUGCUAGUUCGGAUUACGAGGAUCCCGAAGUGGAGGAAUGUAAGGUUUGUUUCAGGUCAGCAGGCCGGGUAAUUAUGAUCGAAUGUGAUGAAUGCUUAGGAGGGUUUCAUUUGAAGUGUUUGAAGCCACCAUUGAAAGAGGUUCCUGAAGGGGAUUGGAUUUGUCUGUAUUGUGAGGCGAAAAAAUUAGGGAAAGUUGUGGAAAUGCCCGCACCGCCCAAGGGGAAGAGACGGGUGAGAACUGCCAAGGAAAAGUUACUUGACAGUGAUCUGUGGGCAGCUCGUAUUGAGAGUAUCUGGAAAGAAGUGGACCGUAACUACUGGUUUCGGGCACAUUGGUAUAUGAUUCCUGAGGAGACGGCUGCAGGAAGACAGCCACAUAACUUAAGGAGAGAAAUUUAUCGGACUAAUGAUUUUGCUGAUGUUGAGAUGGAAUCUGUCAUCAGGCAUUGCUAUGUUAUGAAUCCAAAAGAAUUUGGGAAGGCGACAAAUGCUGGAGAUGAUGUUUUCCUCUGUGAAUAUGAAUAUGACAUUCACUGGCAUAGUUUCAAGCGCAUUGCUGAGAUUGAAGAUAAUGAUGUAGAUGAUGAAGAAGAGAACGAUGAGGACUGGAACCCUUACGAAGAUCCAGAGUCUGACGUGGAAGAUAUAGAAUAUGAAGAGGAAAACCAAAGUAGUCCGUUAACCAGACCGUCUCCAGCUCAUCCAUUGGCUGCAAAUUCAAGGAAGGGACGUUUUUUUGGACUACAAAAGAUAGGUGCAAAGAAGAUACCGGAACAUGUGAGAUCUCACAAGCUUACUGAAAUUGAGAAAGCAAAAGCAACUCUUUUACUGGCAACUCUGCCCAAGUCUCUACCUUGUAGGACUAAAGAAAUGGAAGAGAUAACUACAUUCAUAAAAGGUGCCAUAUGUGAGGAUCAAUGCCUGGGUAGAUGCCUUUAUAUACACGGUGUUCCUGGAACAGGAAAGACAAUGAGUGUACUAGCAGUAAUGAGGAAUUUAAGGUGUGAAGCUGAUGCAGGGAGCAUUAAACCUUAUUGUUUUGUGGAGAUUAAUGGCCUAAAAUUGGCUUCACCCGAGAAUAUUUAUAGUGUUAUUUAUGAAGCACUUAGUGGACACAGGGUCGGUUGGAAAAAGGCUCUUCACUUCUUGAAUGAGCGGUUUUCAAAUGCAGCUGAAUUUAGCAAAGAGGACAACCGGCCUUGUAUUCUACUUAUAGAUGAACUUGAUCUCCUCGUUACAAGAAAUCAAGCAGUUUUAUAUAACAUCCUUGAUUGGCCUACAAAGCCACAUUCAAAACUGAUCGUUAUAGGUAUUGCAAAUACUAUGGAUCUUCCUGAGAAGUUGCUUCCACGGAUUUCAAGUCGUAUGGGCAUACAAAGACUUUGCUUUGGUCCCUAUAACCAUCAGCAACUUCAAGAAAUUAUUUUAACUCGCCUCAAUGGAAUUGAUGCCUUUGAAAAACCCGCAAUUGAAUUUGCUUCUAGGAAGUAGUAGUAAUUACAUCAGUGGUAUCAGAGCACUUUCCUGCGCAGUGGGAACGUAAUGGCAGGUGACAUCGGAGAAAUUCUCAGUCGACUGGAUCGUAUGGCAGUCGAGGUGGCAAACUUCAACAAGAGGGAAGCCAUGAAUGAAAAAGCAAUACGGUAGCUCAAGGACACGAUGACGGCUGGACAAACCUUGAUUAGAGGAAAGGAGUUGCAAUCGGAGUUCAAUUGUGACGAAUUGUACUCGCUGACGGAAGGUCCGAUGGGUUUUGUAGGUAUGGGCUCUCAAUUGCAACUUCGCAGACUUCAAUCUACCUCUAAUAUCCCUCGAAAUUCUGGGUCACAAUCAUCUAGCCCUCCUUUCUUCAUGCCACAAACUUCAUCAUUAUCAUCUUCUCUGCCAUCUCCACCAAAUUUGAGCUCCAUUUUAACACCCCCAGCUCAAACUACACCCACCUACACACAUGCUCAACCAUCAAUUUCUAUUGGAGAAGUACCUUAUUCUUUGACCUCGACAU